GCAAAGCAAGCAAGGUGACAAGACAGCUCAGAGCGCUCUGUGUCAGUUUGAUGACUUUUCUCCAGAACAAUGAAUAUCCAGCCUCUUCUGCUCUGCUGCGUCACAUAUGCAGAGUUGUGUGGGCUCAUCAGUGCACAGGUUAUAUCAGUAACAGGAACUGAAGGACAAGGCAUCACAGUGCGAUGCCACUUUUCUUUCUCUGGAAACAGGAAGUUCUUCUGUAAGGAAAAUUGCAAUCCAGACAAUGUUCUUAUUGAAACAUCUGAGGAAAAAGCACAAAAAGGCAAAUAUAGCAUUGAAUAUGAAGGUACAGUGCAUUCUCCUGUCCUGUUUGUGACCAUCAAGCCACUGAGCAUGUCUGACGCUGGGCGUUACAAGUGUGGUAUGAGCAUGUUCUUUGGGAAUUCAGAACAGGAGGUUAAACUCAUUGUUAAAGCUGCUCCAACUACCAGCUCACCCAGCUCCACACCUUCGACCACUCUGUCUCAAGGCAGCGAAGCCUCGGUCUCUGACACACGCUCAGAGCACUUCCUGCCUCUGGUUGUAUGUGUUCCUGUGGUCGUUUUGGUGUUGGCAGCCGUUCUGUUCCUGCGCUGCAAGAAGAAGACACAGAGGAAGGUUGAUGGAGUAACCCUUGAUUACAGAAACACAAAGAUUGAACCUCAUGAAAACUCCGUUUUUCACACACGUGAAGACGCCAUCUACGAGAGCCUCGAUCCAAUCAGGAGUGACCAGGACACAACCUACUCAACACUGUUACACACUCACACGAUUCACAAGGGGAUUCAAGAGUGAUUACAAUUAUCGGUGAAAAACGGAUGUUUUAUAAAGUUUUAUACCCACGUGUAUGAUCACACGUCUUAUAAAAAU